AUGCCGAAACGUGUCGCUGAUGAAUACAUAACCAAGGAUCACGGUUCAAUCGCAAAUCCUGGUUCGACUCAACCUCAGCCCACAAUGCCUACCGCUGCCCAGUUGGCCAAGCGAAAGAUCGCACCGGCAAAAGGCCGCUUAGGAGCCAAUCGUUCCUCUCAUUCCACCUUCGGUGCAAAUCCAUCCACCACAACUCAAUCCGGAACACAACAGACCUUUGGGAACGUGAAUGGCGGCAUCACCUUUGGUGCCAGCCAAUCCUUUCCUCCUGGCAUCACGCCUCAAGGCGGUGGCUUCGACUUUCAAGUCCCUCAGUCAAGCUCAUUCACCUUUGGAGCACCCUCGACUGGCGCCUCUAACCCAUUCGCAAACCUGAAUGGGAACGCGUCGUCCGACACUGGUCAGGAUGAUAUUUCAAUGGAAAGUCCUCAGAAGAAGCCCGGUCUAGGCAACACCUUUGGGGUAUCGAAAACAGAGAACGACAUUCGAUCAGGGUUUACUUUUGGUCAACAGAGCCAAACUCGACCACAACCCAAUGGAGGCUUCAGUUUUGGCUCUAACCAGUCAGCCCCUGCAAACACCAAUGGAGGUGGCUUGUUUGGUAGACCCACGGUGCCGGAAGAGCCUGCACAAAGUAACAAUGCAUUCGGACAAUCACCCCAACCUCAGUCAGCCUUCACUGGCUUUGGUCAAGCUGCCCCUUUACCUCAGAAGCAGGCUUCAUUCACUUUUGGUCAAACACCAUCUGUACCUAAGAGCCAGGAACCGGCAUUCAGCUUUGGGCAAGCUGCAUCUGUGCCUAAGAGUCAAGAGCCCGCCUCCAGCUUUGGCCAAAACAACAAUAAUACAGCCGGUCCUUCGCAUGGAUUUGGCUUCACUCCAGUCCAGAAUACAAACGAACAAAAGCAAACCCCUACUUUUAGCUUUGGUCAACCUGCUCCUCAAACACAAGCUCCUGCAUUUUCCUUUGGGCAACCAGCUUCCACUACUCAGAAUCAGAGUGGAAACAAUACUUUCGGAUCACCCAGUCCAUCUACGCCAUUCACCUUUGGGCAGUCACAGCAGCCUGCGGCGCCCCCAGCAAGCAACCUCUUUGGUGGCUUUAGUACAGCUCCAGUGCAAGAAACGCAAACUACAGCCUCAUUAUUUGGAAACAAUAUAGGCAAUACUCAACCAGCUGCAGAACCAACCAAUGUCAAUGCUGCUCCCACCCCGAACCCUUUCGCUGGACUGUUCGGGCAAAACAAUAAUUCUUCACAAAAUGCUCCCAAUUCGACUCCGGAUUUUAACCCUGUUGCGCCUGCACAGCCAUCGCAACCUACAGCCAACCCAGCCGCGGUGACUGGCCCAUUUAAGGAGUUGGCGGACGCACCCUUUGGACAAAAUGAGGUCUCCGAUACAUCGAUGAACUCCAACUCCUUAACCUCACACACUCCAAGCAGUGGGAUGUCUGCCAUAGAGUACAGUGGCGCAACGAGUAAUCCACCUUCUUUUGCCAAUGCGCCGAGUGCACCUCAGCCGCCGCCGUCCAGCCACGGCUUGUUCUCACCGACAACUUCAUCCGACCAGCCUCCUCUACCGGUAAGCAACUUCUUUGGAAAACCAUCAACCACGCCGACACCUGCGAAGUCAUUAUUCCCCUUUGGCAAUCCCACCCAAACAAUGACUUCCGAGCCGACCCAAGAGAAGCUAGGUAAGCCUGAAGUCACGUCGAGAACUCCCAUGGCGAAGGCAAUCUUUGGUGCGAACUCUGAUCCAGAAGCCACUCCUACACAACAGGCCUCGACAAAGAAUCUCUUUGUUGGAGGGGCAAGCAGCGACGCGCAAAAUGGCCAGGCAAAAUCGAAAACGCAAUCACAGGCACCUACCAGCCUCUUUGGCACCAAAUCUGGUCUGCAGUCAGCACCGGAAACCACUGAAACUAGUCUAUUCAAUGCAGCUUCGAACGGACAGGAUAUGGAAGCAACCGAAGAUAAGAACACAGAUAAUCCAGAACGUGUCAAACGUCUGGUCUAUACCAAAGCAGCACCGCUUAUUCCCAGUCACUUGGGGGCCGAACAAUACCGGGAAUACGAUCGGAAUUACCGGUUGCAUUCGUUGAAUGUCGGGCUUCAAAAUAAACUUGCAACCCUUGAUCCUCGCAGUCAAGAUUUUGACAGUGUGAUCCGGCAAUAUGUCGCUUCACGUGAGAGUAUCGAUGAAUCUUUAGGACUGUAUGUGCGCAACGUUGCUGGGAUGAAACGUAAGGGAGGUCAGAUGGAGGACCAAGAUGUCAGUAAUCAGCAAAGCAAGAAACAACGCUCAGAAGAUGAGCCCCAAGCAAGUGCUAUCCCGACCCCAGCCACGGCUGUUCAGGCUAAGCAGUCGACAUUUCCUUUCGCCUUCGCCAACACCGACUCUAGCCCUUCAAAGGCUACUUCGGUGCUAAAGGGGAUGAUUCCCGCAACUACAUCUGCCUUUGGUUCAGCGUCUGACGCAACGGGGACACCAAACGCUUCGAAUCUUUUCUCGGGAUUCACGCCAUCCUCUGCAGCCUCCAAACCCGUGAAUGUAUUCACUAGCCUGUCUUCAGCCGCUCCCUCAAAUACCACUAACUUCGAUUCUAAUGCCAAAAAGUCAGAAGGAUCUUCGAUGGCAUUCGCAGCUGCAUCGGUAAAUUCUACCACUCCUAGCAAAGAAGCUCCGAAGAAACCUGCCUUCGAGGUACCAAAGUUUGGUGGCGCCAACACGAACUUCAUGGCUUCCUUUGGUACACAAGCGAAAGCAAGCGCAGCGAAGCUGGAGAAGACUCUCAUGGCAAAGCGCAAAGCUGAGGAUUUCGAUUCGGAUGAAGAUGACGAAGAGCAAUUUAACAAGAAGCUUCAAGAAGAAAAUUGCGCCAAGAAAGAAAAGAUCAAUUCUAUUGCCAAAGCUGGAUUCGUCCCAUCCUUUGGGGCGACAAGCAGCGUAACACAAGGCACCAAACCCAUCUUCAGUUUUGGUGCGGCCCCAGCUCCACCUAAAGAAACUGCCCAAGCUGCCCAGCCCAGCAUUGGCUCUAAGACAUCUACCUCCACCUCAAAUCGAUUUUCUGCCAUCGAAAAAGCCAAUGGCUGGCAGUCAGACUCCGCUAAUGACGAGGAUGAUGAUGCUGGAGCGAAUGGAUCAGGCCACGAUGAAGACGAAGAUGAAGGAGCUGGUUCUUCUCGCCAGAGCGAAGAUGGCGAAGAGGACGAUCUUCAAGAGGAUGAAUCGCCCGAAGGAACUGGAGAUAGAGGUGAUGACGACUAUCAAGAACAAGACGAAGGAUCAGGCUCAGAUGACGAGUAUCAAGAUUUCCAAUCAGCAAUGGCACGAGCACGCCGUCGUGACAAUGCAAGUAAAGGAAAAAGCCUUUUUGAACGCAUUGAGCCCAAUCCCAAACGUGCUAAAGACACUCCAGUGAACGGCAUUGAGAGUAAAGCGACUGAAGACUCUGCUAGCCCAAUACUUGGUUCAGCGAAGAAUUCCACCUUCAAACCCGGGGUCUGGGGAAGUAACAUCGGACAUUCAACACCGGAAACGCCAUCAUUUUCGCCACUCACGCCCUCAGGGUCUCAAUCGGCGUCUGCUUAUAAGCCAUCAUCUACCUUCAACUUCACUGCAACGCCCGCUGCGACCCUGACUCCCACACCUGGCGCCUCCAUCUUUGCUGGCGGAUUCACCAAAGGUGGCCCAGUCCCAGGUGAGGGCAUGUUUGGCUCAAGGCCCAGUACUCCCAGCAACGCAGAGCCGCCGGCAACUGCUAACAAUCUCUCGAAAUCUGUGCUAGCAUCUCCAGCUGGGACAGAUAACACUUGGAAGCAGGGUAAUGGUAUUUCCUUUGGAUCAACGAGCAAUGCCGCCCCCACUUUCAAAUUCACCUCCUCCACACCUUCUGCGAAGGAUUCGUCAAAUACCAACUCGUUCGGCACUUUGUUUGGUACCAGCACCGCAGACUCAGCAUCUGCAGAGCCGGGAAGGCUAGGCUUCAACUUCGGCGCGCCCAGCGGAACAGCUUCACCAGCUCCAGGGUUCCUGGGUGCUGUCUCACACUUAGGUGGGGGAUCAGUAGCUAGCUCGGCAGUGUCAUCUCGCGCAACCUCUCCUGGCUUGACAGACAAUGAAUCAGUUGCUACCAAUGAGACUGACGAUGCCACGGACGAUCCCCAGACCUCGCUCAUGGAUUCUCGUUCGGGAGAAGAGAAUGAAACAUGCCUUUGGGAAGGCCGCUCGAAAGCACUCAUGUUCGUCAAUAAAGAGGCGGCUGAAGGUACCAAACUGAAACCAAACGACUGGAACUCAAUGGGUGUAGGCCAAGUCCGUGUUUUGCAAAACAAAGACACGAAAAAGACACGGAUUGUGUUCCGUGUUGAACCGAGUGCCUCAAUCUUGAUUAACUCUCAUCUACUUGAGAGUUCUGAUUAUGAGAGUGUUCCCUCUGCUAAAAGUGGUGCUGUCAGAGGAACGCUAUUCUACAAGGAGAACCUCACAAGAUGGGUUUUCAAAGUCAAAACUCCAGAGAUGGCCAACGCUUUUGCCAAAGCGUUGGAGGACAACAAGAAGGCAUAA